AGGCUGAUUGUGCAAUGAGGCCAUGUGUCAGUCUGUGGUUCUGCAUGCUGAAGACUCCAACCACAUGACUCUGCCAGCUCCACCCACAGGGCUGCUCUAUAUGUAUGGGCCGAACGGGAGCUCACCCAUCAUCCCCGAUUUCCAGGACAACCAGCACUGCGUUCUCACAGGAGCUCAACAUAGACUGGGAAACAUGGGUGUGACGCUGCUUGAGUCCCGACUUUGUCUCCUGCUGCUGUUGGGAUUUGUCAUAAUGGUUGUCUCAUUCCAGAUCCCACAGAAUUUAACCCCUUCCCAGUGGUUUGAAAUCCAACAUGUAAACAAUAGCACCAACCUCCAAUGUACUCCUGCAAUGAAGGGAGUCAACAAUUAUACAGGACGAUGCAAGAACCUGAAUACUUUUCUUAAUAUGAGUUUUGCUGCUGUUGUUAGUGUGUGUGGCAGUAGGAAUACUACUUGCCGCAAUGGCCACACAAAUUGUCAUAAUAGUUCAGCUCCAGUAUCUUUAACUUACUGUAACCUCACGACUUCGUCAAGCAACUAUACCCAAUGUCGAUACCAAACGACGCCAGCAACAAAGUUCUACAGAAUUGCUUGUGACCACAGAAAGCCACAGGACACUCCUGCCUAUCCAGUGGUUCCCGUUCACUUGGAUGGGAUAUUUUAACUCCAGUACUAGCACCUUGUACCUUCGAUCUGUAUCCGCUGCUUACACAAUCAAACUAUAGUGAAAAGUCAAUUCCUCUGCACUGCUGCCACCACCUGUCCUGUGUGAAACCUGUCCCUGACUCCCUUCAGAUUUUGGUGAACAGACCUGUUCCACCCAAUAAACACCUUUGCAUACUCAUCUGGA